AUGUCACAGGAAAGAUACCUCACAGACGUAGGGGUGGAAGGAACCACGAUUGCACCAUCCACUCCAACUAAGCAUCAAAGAAGCUCAAAAAGGCCCCCUGAGUACACGUCUGCCCACUAUGAACCGAUUGACAAGAAUGGAAGCUCUAUCCGUGUGCUCAAGCUCUUCUCUAGCAACCCUAAUAACCCCCAGGUCGAGUGUGAACUGAUACAAACCUCUCUGGACAAUGAAAUAGCACGCCCAUAUGAGGCACUAUCCUGGUGCUGGGGACCUCUGUCUGAGACCGCUUACAUCAAUAUCCGGAAAGGCAGCAAAAUCUAUGCGAAAUACGUCCAGCCUGAUCUCGUUUCGGCUUUGCAGGCUCUACGACACUACCAAAAUGACCGCUACCUUUGGAUUGAUGCAGUAUGCAUCGAUCAAUUUCACCCAGAAGAGAAAAAUCACCAGGUAGAAAUGAUGUCCAUCAUUUACGGCAAGGCCCAGCGUGUCUGCAUCUGGCUUGGGGAUCCUACUAAAUCGAGUCGGUUAGCACUCAGCUUCAUCAAGAAUGAAGUCCUCCAACUCCAAAACUUUGAUGAUCUAUGUGACAAGAAAGCAGACACCACGAAGUGGAAUGCACUCCUCGAACUGAUGCAACGGCCAUGGUUUUCGCGCCGCUGGGUAGUUCAGGAAAUUUCACUGGCCCAGCGGGCUCUUAUCUACUGCGGGAGCGAUAAAAUCUCCUGGAGAAAAUUCGCAAUAGCGGUCGAGCUAUUUGUCGAAGUCGAAACCGCAACACAUCGACUCUCAGAGGUGAUGAAGAAGGACCCUAGAUACUAUCAUGUCCCUGGAUGGUUCGAAUACGUCUCAGCACUGGGUGCGAGCCUGUUGGUAGAUGCCACUGGACGCCUCUUUCGAGACUACAAAGAGCUGCAGCAACCCACGACGUCUCCAGUCGGACAGGCUGAUCUGGACACCGAACUCGACAUGGACUCCGAUUUGGAAGCUUUGACAGACGGUGAAUCCGAGGCCGGUAGUCUGGACGGGACAGUAAAUUCCCAGAUAAUUAGAGGGCAGCCAUUGUUGGGCCUUGAAUACCUUGUCUCGAGCUUGUCUAUAUUUGAUACCACCGUUGAACAUGACACCAUAUACGCACUGCUUGCAAUUGCGAGAGACACCACUCCUCGAGCCCAACAAAUAUCAAGCAAGCACUUGGAUCAUACCCAGGACGUACUCGAAAGAUUCACGCAGAAGAAACGGUUCAAUGUUGACUACGAACAACCUUAUGUCGAUGUGUGCAAGGACUUCAUCCAAUUUUGUAUCCAUCGCUCCCUUCACACUGAUCCCAGUCGAGCACUUGACAUCCUUUUCCGACCCUGGGCAACGGAGGAACGAAAAUCUUAG